AUUUAAAGAUGCGUUUGCAUGUGUGCACACGCACAAACUAUAGACGAACAACAAUAACGUCACCAACGUCACCCCUAUGCUUCGUGAUCGCAGACAAAUCCUGUGCCAGUGUAAGCUACCUGUACUUUUGUAUCUGCUGGAUUUGUCGUCAUUUCCCUCCAAAUAUGGAUAAUAUUGAUCCCAACAUUGGUAUACCAACUAUUUUUAACGAUUCAAAUUACCAGUAAUCAAUAAAUUAGCUUGAAUCAUGAUUUUAACAUGGCUUCUCUAUCAUCCUGUGACAUAAUUCCCUCGGACAGCUGAGGACGUGACAGCAACCGGACUAACAGCAUCGUGACUGCAAGUGGAGAAUACUUCUAUUUAGAGAAAGCACUUCUCAUCCACGAGUUCACACUUUUUCAACGCCUCAGCUGGAUCAUCUCCUGGGGGAAGGCGUCAUGGCGGCGUACGGACAGACUCAGUACAGCCCCAGCCUUCAAGCUGCCGGACCGUAUGCGCCUUACACACAUCACACACAAGGCUACGGAGUGCCCUCCUACAACAUCAAAACAGAAGAUGGCCUAAGCCACUCGCCGGGGUCCCAGACGGGACUUUUGGGCUACUCCAACUUCAGUGGCGCCCCCACCAGUCAGAGCCUGUACGGUUACUCACACACACACGGUGCAGGGAUUUCCUCGGGACUUUUCCAAGGCGGCCAUGCCAUCUCCACUUCCACGCCAUUCAACCCCACCCAGCAAGAGUUCUCAUCGUACUCCAGCUACAGCCAGAGUCAGUACUCGCCUUAUUACAACACAUCACAUCACUACAACAGCCCCUAUUUGAGCAGCAGCAACAUCAGCCCUGCCGCCAUCACCGCCCCGCUAGCCUAUCAGCACCCGGAGCACCCAAUCAUGUUACCCAGUCACAGCCCAGAGUCUCACACAGGAGAGUACCACCCGCCACCCAGUCCCCCCACUCCUGGUAAAGAGGAAGCAGACAGGGGCGGAGUCUCAACACGAAGGGGAUGUGACGGGAAGCUGAGGGGGAGGAAAAGAGUCAAUGACCCCGCACCUCCUUUGGAUGCUGACAUUGAGCGCGUGUUUAUCUGGGACCUGGAUGAAACCAUCAUCAUUUUCCACUCACUCCUCACGGGAACCUUCUCCUCAAGAUUUGGCAAGGACUCGUCAAAAGCAGUGUCCCUUGGUUUGUGGAUGGAGGAGAUGAUCUUCAAUCUGGCAGACUCGCGACUCUUCUUCAAUGAUUUAGAGGAAUGUGACCAGGUUCAUAUCGACGACGUGGCAUCAGACGACAAUGGACAGGACUUAAGCACGUACAAUUUCGGGACUGAUGGCUUCCAGAGCCCAGCGGGUGCCGGCUCAUUGUGCCUGGGCUCGGGGGUCCACGGGGGUGUGGACUGGAUGAGGAAGCUAGCGUUCCGAUACCGGCGGGUCAAGGAGAUUUACAACACUUACAAGAAUAAUGUUGGGGGCUUGCUAGGCAGCCCUAAGAGGGAGGAGUGGCUGCAGCUGAGGAGGGAAAUGGAGGUUCUCACCGACUUGUGGCUGACACAAGCUCUCAAAGCUCUGGCCCUCAUCAGCACCAGGCCCAACUGUGUAAAUGUGUUGGUGACCACCACCCAGCUCAUCCCAGCUCUUUCCAAAGUCCUUCUGUAUGGUCUGGGAGCAGCCUUUCCCAUAGAGAACAUAUACAGCGCCACCAAAAUCGGCAAAGAGAGCUGCUUCGAGCGUGUCUCUCAGAGGUUCGGUAGAAGAGCCGUCUACGUGGUGGUUGGUGAUGGAGCCGAAGAGGAGACAGUGGCGAAGAAGAAGAACAUGCCGUUCUGGAGGGUGUCCUGCCGGGCAGACCUGGAAGCUCUGAGCCACGCACUGGAGUUGGACUACCUCUAGAGGGCGACACCUCCACCUGGAUCACCACUUGAACGCUUGAACGAAGGCACCCUUGGAGGGCCCAUUAAAGACUGAUUCGGAGUCAGUGGAGAGAACCACAGGAAGUUCAUUGGUUGCUAGGAGACGCUGCAUAACGCAGGAAAGACCAAAACAAGUUGCGGCACAAAAAAAAGGACCAAACACCUGGGAAUUACCAUGAAUCUUUGUUAAUACCUUCAGCUCAUCUUUUCUUGUGCACAAAAAUGUUUUUCAUUUGCUCUGCAACGGCUUUACUCAUCAAAACAACAUUUCCACGUUUUAACAGAUUGGUUCGUCAUAGUUAGAGGCUAUUAAAAAUACUCUUGAUUGUAUUUCACCAGUUUAAAUGUGAGCUAUUUAUUGUUGGAAAUUAUGGCCUUGUCAUUAUGGGAUGUAAAUGCUGUGUGUUUUAACCCCUUCUUUUAACCUGUUAUUAUGUAAAUGAGAUGAGACUCUUUACGUUUGUGCAUGUGCUAUGAUUACACUGCCUGUCAUCUUUGCUAUGAUUUGUAUAUAAUGCUUUAUGGACACUUUCUUUUGACAGACGGUUAAAAUAGACUUAAUAAAGAAUAAGUUAAUUGCAUUGAGGAGGCCUUUCUUUUCACUUGUAGUGCAAUGUCUCAGUUGUACAUUUUUAUAUUGGGUAAUAACUAUCGAAAAAUUAUCCAUUUAUUAGGUUAAUAGAGAUUUUAGUGUUGUAUGUUAUUUUGUUUAACUGAAAAAAAAGACAUAUUACACAUGUGGGUGGGAGAAAAUUGUCUUGUAAGCAAAGGUUAUUUUUCACAAAUGUUUAAUUCUGAAUCAAAAUAUCACUUUGAGGCAAUCAUAAAGCUCAGUUUCACAUGUACAAGUUGUAAAUUCACAUUUGAAAGGGACAAUCAGAAAAAGUGAGGCCUAAACACGGCGGACGGUCACCAUCUUGAAUCCCCUAACGGUGGUCUUAUUAGAGAGCACAAGGGAAGCCUGAAGCAUCUUUGUUCCCGUUUUGCUGGGGAGGAAGUUGAUGCGUUGCUCUCCUAUUUCUCCUGGACGUAACGGAAACAUCCUGCAGGUAAGGAGAAGCGCUAUUAAACUCUACUCAACUCAAACUCUAUGGAA